UUACCAUCAAUUCCAACCAAAGACAAAAGUAAAAAAACCUGCGUACAGGUCUUGGGUGUGCUUGUCUAAAGUCACUGGUAGAGUCCACACAGCAGAAUGUAACUGUGUUGCAGGAGAGGGGGGUGCUUGCAACCAUAUCGCAGCAUUGUUGUAUGGAAUUGUUGACAUAACAGUAAAAAAACACACUGGUAAAAUUGCCCCAACUUCAAAAGCAUGCGAGUGGAUCAAACCACGUAGCAGAAAUCUUUCACCAAAAAAAGCGCAGGACAUGGAUUUCAGCAAAACAAAGACGAAGGGGAAAAACAAAUCAUGUUCAUAUAGUGUCAGUGAGAAAAAUCCAGACCUAACCUUACCAUCUGUUCAAGUUUUUAAAGAAAAUCUUAUGAAAAUAAAUCCAAUGGCAGGUUGGCUAAAAAACUUUUCAACUACAUGUACUGAAACAUUACCCCCCACUGCAAAAUCAAUACCUGAACUUCACCAUAUAACCUUCUCUUACAUGGACAAUGUUGAUCUUUUUUCGGAUGAAUGUAAGCAACAAUUUAUGCAGUAUUUUGGUUCACUUCAAGUGUCAGCAAAAGAGUGUGAAAUUAUUAAUAAAAUGACCAAAGGUCAACACAUAAACCCAACAUGGAGAGAAGCUAGGCAUGGGAGACUAACUGCCUCAGACUUUGGUAAAAUUGUACGGAGAAAACCAGAGACUUUACCUGACAAUUUACUUAAGUAUAUUCUUGGAUACUGUCCAUCUUUUUCAAACAAAGCAAUGGAAUGGGGGAGAGAGCAUGAAAAAGUUGCCAUUGACUGCUACCUGCUCAAGGUUAGGGAGACACAUCCACCACUUACAUUCCAGGAGACUGGACUAGUUGUCAAAGAAUCGCUACCUCAUUUAGGUGCCAGCCCCGAUGGACUAGUGUACUGUCCUCACUGCAAGCCUUACCAUGGUGUUAUUGAAGUAAAAUGUCCGUACAGCUUUAAAGAUGUGCAUCCCAAAGAAGCGGCCUUAAGUAACAAUUUUUUUUGUAUCUUAGAUGAAAAUGGAAAUUUACAGUUGAAGAGAAAUCAUGCAUAUUAUUAUCAGGUUCAAGGGGUAAUGGCCAUCAGUGAAAGAAAGUGGUGCCACUUUAUUGUAUGGACCAAUAAAGGUCUUGAAUUUGAAAAAAUUUUAUAUGAUGAGGAUCUUUGGGAAAAUGAAAUUCUUCCGAAACUUAAUUCUUUUUAUUGUUCUGCAGUAUUACCUGAACUUUUUUCAGACAGAGUUAAAAGAGGUCUUAAAUUAAAAUCUUGAUGAGUACUGACAUGUCACUAAAAGUCUCUAAGGCCAUAAUAAAAAUAUUCCUAGAUUCUCAUUCCUGCCCGCCCAGAUUUUUUACCUCCGCCUCGAUUUUUUUUAAUUUCUGUUUUUCUCUGUCUUAAUUCUCUGGGGAUCAGUAUUUAUCUACCAUUGUACUUUUGUUUUAAAUCCUGCAAAAGUCUGCAUGAUUUUGACAGCUGAAAAGAUGGUAAUUCCUGUAAUAUGGUACAUGCAUAUAAUAUUUUAAACAAAGGUCAUUGGUUGAAAAAGAUUUGUGAUGAUGUGAAGUAAGAGAUAAUUGAACCUUUACUAUGACUUUUAUUCGGGUACUGUAGAUAAAAUUACACCGAUUGACCUGGUCAAUAAAAAAUCUGCUGAAAAAAAAUUAAAGUAAAAGCUGCUCACGGCUUCAUUUUUAAAUAAAUUCGGAUGAGAAUCUAGCAAUUUAUUUAUUAUGGCCUAAUAAGCAUGACCAGGUAUUACAUAACUUAACUGUGCAUUUAGGGUAUGUGUACAUGUACUUUGGUAUCAUAAUCAACAUAUUUUGUAAUACUUGUGAGUAUCUGAUCAAUAAAUUUAUAACAGAGUACUUUAUGUUAAUUUUCUAAAUGUAGGUACAUACAUUACAGUACCUCAUAAUCAUGAUAAUAUAGUAAUAAAUUUUACACAAGACCAAAGAUCAUUGCAAUGAUACAAGGACAUGAUGCAUUUAUUUUAAAAACUUGAUUCAUACAGUUACUUUAAUAACAGUCAACUGAAUUGAUAUAUUUCUGAAUCUUUUAAAAUGUAGAAUUUUAAGAUUUUCUGGCAUAAGAAAUGGCAGUGCAAAUGAAUGAAGUCAUUCUGGCUCAUCAUUGCUAUGAUCUUUGGAACACUUGAUUUCUUACUUGCUCAUGAUCGACAUACCGAAUAAAAAUAAUGUAAAACAUAAGUAGAUUUUUGCUAUUUAUUAAAUGAUAUAACUACUUAAUAACAAGUUUUCCCCUACAUAUGCAGUAUGUUGCACAAUGAAGUACUUAAUACUUAUAGUUAUUCUGAGAGAUACAUUAUUUUUAUGAUUUACAUAGUAGAUUAUACUAUGACUGAAUAAGUGGGGGCAUGAGAUUACAGAGAGCACACACAACAAACACUAUU